UUAUCUGGGAGAAGAUUCUGUCAAAACAGACCCAUGUCAGUUUGACUGAAUACUGCCAAUAUAGAAAUUACAAGUGAUUGAAAAUGUUCCUCGAACGCUCAUUUUCCGGUCUUCAGAAAUCCGUCAUAGCAAAGGCAUUCUCAGGCUCCUCCACCAUGGCUAACAUACCCUCUUUCCACCACGUUCCCAUAGUAGUCGAACAAUCGGGAAAGGGCGAGAGAGCUUUCGACAUCUUCUCGAGACUCCUGAAAGAGAGGAUCAUCUGCCUCAUGGGCCCCAUCAAUGACGUCACGAGUUCUCUGGUCAUCGCUCAGUUGCUGUUCCUGCAAGCAGAAUCUGCUACCAGGCCCAUCCAUAUGUAUAUAAAUUCACCUGGUGGUGUGAUAACUUCUGGAUUGGGAAUAUACGAUACCAUGCAGUACGUUAUGCCUCCGAUUUCGACCUGGUGUGUUGGACAAGCUUGUAGUAUGGCGUCGUUGUUAUUAGCAGCAGGUACCAAAGGUAUGAGGAACUCACUGCCAAAUGCGAGAAUCAUGAUACAUCAACCAUCUGGAGGUGUCACUGGUCAAGCUACUGACAUCAAGAUACAGGCCGAAGAAAUUCUCAAGCUCAAGAAGCAAAUAAAUCACCUCUAUGAGAAACAUACUGGACAAACUAUCGAGAAAGUAGAAGACAGUUUAGAACGGGAUAACUUCAUGACUCCGAAGGAAGCACAAAUAUUUGGUUUGAUAGACAAGGUUCUGACAAAACCUGCCAAAGAUAAGGAAAAUACAAUAGGUGGUGGAAUCGAAGAUAUUCUGAAAGACCCUAUGAAAGAGAGUAUACAAACCAGCUCCAAACCAACUCCACAAAUUAUCAGAGAAUUAGGAAAGUAGAACCUAAGCUCCAAUAAGAUGGAAAAAUUGUGAAAUUUUUCGCGCAGAUUGUAUCCGGUACCUACAUCUAGUUUAAUAUGAUCUAUUAGACUUUCUGUAAAAUACAUCAUCUUCCAUGAAACAAAAUUUUUGUCCAAAAUAUCGACCUAUGAACAGAAUCGACAUCCACGCCAACUGUAUCAGUUAUUAUAUUCCUGGAAAGAGAAUUAGGAAACCCCAGUCGCUUUUUCAUUGGAAAUUUGGUAAAUUCUACUAACAUGAUUAGUUACAGUUUUCAUUAUAUCAAUCGUAUUAUGGAGGUGGUUGUGUAAAGAUCUCGACUAUUUUCAAUAGCAAUAAAAUAG